UUCUUCCCGCGGUUCAGUCAGAGAGGCGGCGCGCGCGAUCCGUCACGGAGGCUCGUGCACGAGCAUUAACCUGUCAAGAGGCAACACCUGUACGACAUUAAAGUUUGAAGUCGCGUACUCGAAAAGCGUUUUAUAUUCCCCCCCCCCCUUUUUUUCCCCCUUCCCCGCCAUGGCUGACCAUCUCCUCCAUUAUAACGACUCCGCCGGUGUGGGGAACAGAUUCGCCCGCAAAGGCGCUUUGCGGCAGAAGAACGUGCACGAAGUGAAGAACCACAAAUUCACGGCCAGGUUCUUCAAGCAGCCCACCUUCUGCAGCCACUGCACGGACUUCAUAUGGGGCUUUGGCAAGCAAGGAUUCCAAUGUCAAGUGUGCUGUUUUGUGGUUCACAAGCGGUGCCACGAGUUUGUAACCUUCUCCUGUCCCGGAGCUGAUAAAGGUCCCGACACAGACACAAUAGAUCAGAUCAUGGACAGUACGACUACGGCAUCAGUGGCGGAUGCGGUGGAUGAACCAAUGGCAAUGGCACUAGAUUUGCCUGAUGAGGAGGGCGAUCAAGAUCAGGGAAAUACAAGAGAACAAGGAUGCCAGACGGACUGGGUACCGAUUGGGACAGCACCAACAGCAAUGACCAGUAGCAAGAGCACCCAAACAGGGAAAAUACAUCAUAGAUCAAAGGGACACCAGGUGACCCCAGAUAUCCUCGAGAGGGUUAGAGCUCGGCCGGCCAGGGUUAGUGAAGUCCCAUUGUCAAGUGUAGCAGCUCCAUCUGACAGCCCCGAGAUGCAGACUAACAUAGCAGCUCCAGGUGUGUCUGGAAUGCAAGCCAAGCUACGACCACCUCCUGCAUUGUUUGAUGAAGGACCAGCAUCAAGUCCCACUGCGCCUUUUGUUGGUGGUUCUUCCGAUGACAGCUAUGUGCCGAGUGAGUCAACGACAUCGGAUCCGUGUCAAUCUGACGGGUCGCCAGAUCGCCCAUGUACUCACCAGAUGCAUGAAGAGGGCUGCCACAAGGAACCGAAGUACAUCAUCUUUGAGUCGUGCCUCCAGAGUCUCGUCAAGUGGUGUCACUGUCCAGUCUGUGGCAGCCAGGACAUAAGCCCUUCUUGGGAUUCGAACGGUACACAGCUGACCAUGACUCUUCAAUGUGCAUCAUGUGACCAGAGGAGUAGUUGGAGCAGCCAGCCAAACAUUGGCCCUUAUGCCGCGGGCAACAUCCUGCUGUCUGCUGGCAUCCUCUUCGCUGGGGCAUCUUCUGGCAAGGUGUUGCAAGUGCUGAACAGCAUCGGAGUGGUCACGUAUGUGAAGAGGACAUUUUUCAACCACCAGGAGCUCAUCCUGCAGCCAGCCAUCAAAAAGGUGUGGGAGGAACAGCAACGGACGCACCUCACCAUGCUGCAGGUGGAAGGCCGACCCCUCGUCCUUGGUGGUGAUGGGCGAGCAGACAGUCCGGGACACAGCGCCAAGUUCGGUACCUACACCACAAUGGAGCUUGUGGCCAAUGUGGUUCUCGACCUUCAGGUUGUACAGAGCAACGAAUGUCUUGGCAGCUACCAUAUGGAGAUGGAAGGACUGAAGAGGAUGGUGGAACUGCUGAUCAGCUGGGACCUGGAUGUCGGGGUGCUGGUGACAGACCGACACAGACAGAUCGCUAAAUGGAUUCGUGAAAACAUGCCCAAUACACGGCACUGCUAUGACAUCUGGCAUGUUGCAAAAUCCAUCGGAAAGAAACUGAAGGCCAUCGCCAAGCAUAAGGACUGUGAAGACCUGAAGCCCUGGGUGCAAAGUAUAAUCAACCACCUCUACUGGGCAGCAGUGUCUACACCGCCUGGAGAGGGGGAACUUCUGGUUGCCAAGUGGAAGUCUGUGGAGCGACACAUUCAGAACAUCCACAAGGACCAUGGCGACCUCUUCCCAAUUUGUACUCAUGGACAACUGCAACGGCAAAAGAAAUGGCUCAAACAAAGUUCACGCUCAGCAGUGAAACUGGAGGAGGUGGUCAACAACAAGUCCCUGCUAAAAGAUAUCGCCAUGCUGUCGGGUGAACACCAGACUUCCAAGGUGGAGGCGUUCCAUAGCCUUGUCAUACAGUUCGCACCGAAAAUGUAUGUCUUCUCAUACAUCGGAAUGCUGUGCAGGAACCUGCUUGCUGGGCUGCACUGGAACGAAAAUUCGAGCCGCCCUAUAGCCACUACACAAGCGGGUGCUGAGCGCUAUGCAGUACGCUACCCGAAGUAUAAAGCAGGGGGCCAUGUGGUCAAGAAAAUCGCGACAGAGCCAACAUACCGCUACGUAGAUGACUUGAUCAGGGAGGUUGUUGCUGGCUGCAGACAGACCCCUGACGAGAGAACACCACUCAGCGUCACUGUGGAUGUGCCUCCCUUCCUCUGCGAUGAACUGGAGAAGCCAGACAAGGAGGAAGCCAUCGCCAAGCACAGGAGUCGCUUCGGUAAGUGUGAAAUGCCCUCCCGGUAACAGUUAGAGAUGCUACCUCAGUAGAAGCAUUUAAGUCCCAUCUUAAAACUCAUUUGUAUACUCUAGCCUUUAAAUAGACCCCCUUUUUAGACCAGUUGAUCUGCCGUUUCUUUUCUUUUCUCCUCUGCCCCCCCCCCACGUGGAGGGGUUAUUCCGGUGACCAUGGAUAAAGUGCUGGCUGUCCAGAGUUGGGACCCGGGGUAUACCGCUCGCCUGUGCAUCGGUUGGGGACAUCUGCGCUGCUGACCCGUCUCCGCUCGGGGUGGCCUCCUGCUGGCUCCACUGGACCCUCACUAAUAUGUUAGACCCACUCGACAUCCAUUGCUUUCGGUCUCCCCUAGAGGGGGGGGGUUACCCACAUAUGCGGUCCUCUCCAAGGUUUCUCAUAGUCAUUCACAUCGACGUCCUACUGGGGUGAGUUUUCCUUGCCCGUGUGUGGGCUCUGUACCGAGGAUGUCGUUGUGGCUUGUGCGGCCCUUUGAGACAUUUGUGAUUUAGUGCUAUAUAAAUAAACAUUGAUUGAUUGAC